AUGCCGACGGUAACGGCCAUUACUUCAAUUGCGAUGGAUCAUGUCAAACUGCUCGGCCCAACGAUUGAAAACAUUGCCUGUCCACAAAGGAGGAAUCUUCAAAUUAGGAAGCGUAGCCUUUUCAACCCUCCAGGAGCCGGCAGUCAUGGAGGUGUUUUAUCCACAAUCUGUCGGACCGGACCCUGCAAUCCCGACCAAUGCGAUUGCCUUGAAACCAAAACCCCAGAGAAUAAACUGCUCCCUAGCGCUUGCAGUCGUUCGCUCUGGCUAGAUAGAAAGGCACCGGAUGGACAAAAUAUAAGUAAACAUGGCAUCUCCCACGGCAUCGAGCAGUUUUCCUGGCCGGGAAGGUAUCAACAUAUCAGAGUAUCAUUCGCAAUGGCAGAAUUGCGGGAGUUGUUGACUUGGCAUUUGCAGGUGCCGGACUGGCCCGAGAGCACAAACUUAAGCUUCCUUCAUAUGCGGACGAGCUUGUGGCAGAACGCCUUCUUUGGAGGCCCUACAGUGAACCAGGAAAUGUUUCGCACAACUGGCUUAUCUCUUUAUAGUUACAAACACCGCUUGGACUGGGGUCGGCCGGGCAUUGAUUGGCAUAAUCCAGUAUCCAGACUUCGAAAUUUUCGAUAUCAAAGUUCGGUAUCACCCAUGCAUUUCCUAGGGUGGAUAUGGCAUUCCAAACCUAAUGGCGACACCCUUCUUCUGAUUCCUUAA